AUGUUCCAAAAGUCCAAUGACGACCAGACGGCGUCCCUUAAACAUUCCAAAUCGAUGCCAUACAGAUCCUCUUCACAAGGGAGGAUGCGCGAGUCUCCUUGCGCAGAUUCUUCCAAACACGCAUACCGUGGCAAAACCCCCCUUAAGAAGUCCGACAUCGUUUACGUCGAGCAAGCUCCGGGAAUGCUCGAGAUCUAUCACGGUAAACUGUCGCAACACACCUACUACCAUGGGCCGACUCGCGCGAACUCUGACGCACGCGCGGACUUGCUGGCCAAGUUUCCCCAUUCCCCUGAACCAACCGAGGGCCUCCCUCGCAGCGGUUUCAGAGCGUUUUCUUUGAAUUCAAAGAAUCACAGGCCCCAAGUGGCUAUCCAUAAUUCGAAUGCAAGUGGUCAACGAGCCUACCCCUCCAUUCCCCGCAGAAAGCAGAGGCACGAGGCCACUAUUGAUCAAGCUUCUGCCGAUGUCCUGCAGACCCCUGACAACCAUACUCGCAGUGACAGACUGGCGGAAAGUAUUCGCGCCAAGUCAAGCACUAGUCACUCGAACAUCCCUCCUCCCCUCGCUCCCGCUCCCCCUUUUCCUACCCCCCGCUCCCUCCAUCCGGCGCUCUCGCGCUCCGCACACAGCUCACGCAUAAAUAUUCGGGAAGUUCCAUCUCGUCUCGCCGUCCCGACUCCUGCACCAGCCCAGUCCUACUGGCCUUACUCCGAAUACGAUGAGAUCUCGCAUGAGCAGGACCCCACCGCCCUCCGUGGAAUGAUCAAUCGUUAUCCCUUGGCGCCGGUUCGCAGCCAACACUGCCCAGAGCAUAUGCGUCCCAUACAUUUUGACAUGGACGAGUCGCAGGGUCUCGAGAAGACACUUCAAUGGUACAUACAUCUGGCAUUGGCCCAAGGUCGUCCCCUCGAUGUACGCGCGGGUGGCCGUUACCCGCCGCAUCGUUGA